UGCUGAGCCACGCCCGGCUGGGCUGCCUGGAAAUCUUCUAAACAGCAGUUUUUCUAGCACCAAAAUGAUUUAUAGUUGACCUUCAUAAUCACAAAUGCCCUACAAUAUUUGUCCAUACCUCUCUUAUGAAUAACAUUCUACUUGGAGUCUGGUUGUUUGUGUAUUUAUCUUGUCUAUCCUACAGAUUGCUGAGUCCUCAAGAAUAAGGAUGAGAGCUUACUCAUGUCUGUAACUCUCACAAGGCUAGUGUUUUGCAGGAAACCAUGUCUCCUGAAGAAUCUACUGAUGAGUCUGAGGAAGAAGAGAGUGAAGAGGAGCCCAAACUCAAGUAUGAAAGGCUUUCCAAUGGGGUAACUGAAAUCCUUCAGAAGGAUGCAGCUAGCUGCAUGACAGUCCAUGACAAGUUCUUGGCACUGGGCACACAUUAUGGCAAAGUUUAUUUACUUGAUGUCCAGGGGAACAUCACUCAGAAGUUUGAUGUAAGUCCUGUGAAGAUAAAUCAGAUUAGCUUGGAUGAAAGUGGAGAACACAUGGGCGUGUGUUCAGAGGAUGGCAAGGUGCAAGUAUUUGGACUAUAUUCUGGAGAAGAAUUUCAUGAGAUUUUUGACUGUCCCAUUAAGAUCAUCGCUGUGCACCCGCACUUCGUGAGAUCCAGCUGCAAGCAGUUUGUGACUGGAGGGAAGAAGUUGCUACUGUUUGAACGGUCUUGGAUGAGCAGAUGGAAGUCUUCUGUUCUGCAUGAAGGGGAAGGGAACAUAAGAAGUGUGAAGUGGAGAGGCCAUCUGAUUGCUUGGGCCAAUAAUAUGGGUGUGAAAAUUUUUGACAUCACCUCAAAGCAAAGAAUCACCAAUGUGCCCCGGGAUGAUAUAAGUCUUCGCCCAGAUAUGUAUCCCUGCAGCCUCUGCUGGAAGGACAGUGUGACACUGAUUAUCGGCUGGGGGACUUCUAUCAAGAUAUGCUCAGUGAAGGAACGGCAUGCCAGUGAAAUGAGGGACUUGCCGAGUCGAUAUGUUGAAAUAGUGUCCCAGUUUGAAACUGAAUUCUACAUCAGUGGUCUUGCACCUCUCUGUGAUCAGCUUGUUGUGCUUUCCUACGUAAAGGAGGUUUCAGAAAAAACGGUAAUUUAUUUCACCUCAAAUACAAAGGAAAGAGAAUACUGUGCCAGGCCCAGGUUGGAUAUUAUCCAGCCACUUUCUGAGACGUGCGAAGAGAUCUCUUCAGAUGCUCUAACAGUGAGAGGCUUUCAGGAAAAUGAAUGUAGAGAUUAUCACUUAGAGCAUUCUGAAGGGGAAUCACUCUUUUACAUUGUGAGUCCAAGAGAUGUCGUAGUAGCCAAGGAACGAGACCAAGAUGACCAUAUUGACUGGCUCCUCGAAAAGAAGAAAUAUGAAGAAGCUUUGAUGGCAUCUGAAAUUAGCCAGAAGAACAUUAAAAGACAUAAGAUUCUGGACAUCGGCUUGGCAUAUAUAAACCAUCUGGUGGAAAAAGGAGAGUAUGACAUAGCAGCACGCAAAUGCCAGAAAAUUCUUGGGAAAAAUGCAGCACUCUGGGAAUAUGAAGUUUAUAAAUUCAAAGAAAUUGGACAGCUUAAGGCUAUUAGUCCUUAUUUGCCAAGAGGGGAUCCAGUCCUGAAACCACUCAUCUAUGAAAUGAUUUUACAUGAAUUUUUGGAAAGUGAUUAUGAGGGUUUUGCCACCCUGGUUCGAGAAUGGCCUGGAGAUCUGUACAACAAUUCGGUAAUAGUUCAAGCAGUUCGGGAUCACCUGAAGAAAGAUAGUCAGAACAGGACCUUACUUCAAACCCUGGCAGAAUUGUAUACCUAUGACAAAAAUUAUGGGAAUGCUCUGGAAAUAUACUUAACAUUAAGACAUAAGGAUGUUUUCCAGUUGAUUCACAAGCAUAAUCUUUUCAGCUCUAUCAAGGAUAAAAUUGUUUUAUUAAUGGAUUUUGAUUCCGAGAAAGCUGUUGACAUGCUUUUGGACAAUGAAGAUAAAAUUUCAAUUAAAAAGGUAGUGGAGGAAUUAGAAGACAGACCAGAAUUACAGCAUGUGUAUCUGCAUAAGCUUUUCAAAAGAGACCAUCAUAAGGGGCAGCGCUACCAUGAAAAACAGAUCAGCCUUUAUGCUGAAUAUGAUCGACCGAACUUGCUUCCAUUUCUCCGAGAUAGUACCCAUUGCCCACUUGAAAAGGCUCUUGAGAUCUGUCACCAGAGAAACUUUGUAGAAGAGACAGUUUAUCUUCUAAGCCGAAUGGGUAAUAGCCGAAGUGCCCUGAAGAUGAUCAUGGAGGAAUUACAUGAUGUUGAUAAAGCAAUUGAAUUUGCCAAGGAGCAAGAUGAUGGAGAGCUCUGGGAAGAUCUGAUUUUAUAUUCCAUCGACAAGCCACCAUUUAUUACUGGCUUGUUAAACAAUAUUGGCACGCAUGUUGACCCAAUUCUACUGAUUCACCGUAUCAAGGAAGGAAUGGAGAUUCCCAAUUUGAGAGAUUCCUUGGUUAAAAUUCUGCAAGACUACAAUUUGCAAAUUCUGCUUCGUGAAGGCUGCAAGAAGAUUCUCGUAGCUGACUCUUUGUCUUUACUGAAGAAAAUGCAUCGAACUCAAAUGAAAGGCAUUCUGGUUGAUGAGGAGAACAUCUGUGAAUCGUGCCUUUCCCCUAUUCUUCCAUCAGAUGCAGCUAAGCCCUUCAGUGUGGUGGUCUUCCAUUGCCGGCACAUGUUCCACAAGGAGUGCCUGCCUGUGCCCAGCAUGACCUCUCCUGCGCAGUUCUGCAGCAUCUGCAGUGCUAAGCACCGGGGACCAGGAAGUGCCAUUUUGGAGAUGAAAAAAUAGCUUCAUUCAUUCUGUUUGUCAGCCUCUUCCUCACCACUCUUUUGAAGAUGGUUUUUGCAACAACAGAAGCAUUUGUUGAUACCAGUGCUGUUAAGAGUUUUAUACAUGUUUGUGUUAUGCUCAAAAAAACUUUCUUCAUCUUGACCUGUUUACUAGUUUUCUCUUUGCAGUUCAUAAAGAUGUUAGGUUUUUUUUCCCCAUCCAUGCCUUGGAAUAUUGGGGCUCACAGUCAAUAUUUCAUCAUUUAUUUGUUUGGCUCACUAUUUAGGACUGGAAACAUAAGUGUGGGAGUUAGAAAUGAAUUUUUAGAUCCUAGUAAAAUUGUUUAUCCCCAGCGGUGUGAGCACACUGGCUGUCCAGUCUGUUCCUGCUGCAUUGGACGUUGUUCUGUAUACUCUGCAAUUCUUGUGUUCUUGGUUUGGCUUUUUUUAUGUCAUCAGCUGUGGUUAUUUUCUUAAUAGGUGUUUAAUGAAACAUUGUGCAAACUGUCACUUACUCAGUGAUGUCUGGGUGGCAUGAGCAGGCUGACAUCAUGCAAUUUCAUGUUGACUAAUCACAUGUUCUGUGUGACCAGAUGACUAGCAGAGUCUGGCCCUGGCAGGCACUCAACGUCUGUUGAUUGAAUAAAUGUUAGCUCUGCCCAUGUGAAAGACUCUAUUUUAUUUGGUUGGACAACUUCAGUCAAGAAUCCUGGCACCCUCAGAAGAAAUAGAAGAGACUUUCAGCACCUUAGAGUGUGAUGGGCUGUGGUUAGGUUUGCUGGCAGGGAGGAAAUGAGUGAUACUGUAGAAUCUGAAGGAUUCUGAGGAGAAAUGGGACCGUCUGAUGUGGGAGAAUUGUCUUAACCAUAUUUUUCUUCUCUGGAGCCUCCUCUGCCCUCAUAGAACAUAGAGACCAUAGGAAAGAGGGGGAGAAUUAAAAUGUGUGAUUGUG